CUGAAGGAGUGCAGUAAACUGAACCUGUGCAGCCGUGUUCUUCGGGGAAGGCAGGAGACCGUUUGAAGCAUGGCAAGCCAGGACUUAAUGGCGAAAAAAAGAGAAUGUCUGCAGGCCUACAGCUGGUGGAGAACACCACAGAAGAAACGGAAGAAAAAGAACAAAAUAAAACCAGGAAGAAUAGAGUUUGUCCCUAGUAGUACCAAUAGCUCAGUCAGGCCAGAUUAUUCUAUAUUUGUUGGGGAGCUGACUCCAGAAGUGGAUGAUUUCCAGCUCUAUGACUAUUUUCUAAAGAGAUACCCCUCAUGUAUUGACUGCAAAAUAGCAACAGACCUGCUGGGAUAUUCCAGAGGGUAUGCCUUUGUCAGAUUUGGUGAGCAAGGUGAUCAGAUGAGGGCACUGCAAGACUGCCAGAAUGCACCAGGUCUGGGGGGAAAACGAAUCCGGCUGAGCAUAGGAAUUUCUAAAAGACUGAAAGCAGAAUUCCAGCGGUACCAGUCGUACAACUAUAAUGAUUAUUACCAAGAUUAUCAGAACUACUACUCACAGUGGGGUUAUGAUCCUUACACUGAAUACAACUACAGCUCCUAUGCUCCCUAUGAUAGCAUGCAAACUGUGGGGGACUGCUCUUUAGGAGAUGCUGUUAUGGCUCCAGCUGUUUUUGAGGAAACUGCAGCUAUGACUGAAAUCAGUGAUGACCUAAUAACUGAAGAUCCACAGCUUUACUUGGAUGUUGAUGAAAUGAACAGACAAUUUAUGGAGACAAGUGAAGAACUCUAUGAUUCCCUCAUGAAUUGUCACUGGCAACCUCUGGAUACGGUCACUUCUGACAUCCCCCCUGCUAUUUAAGUGUCUUAUAUAGCAUGACCGUUAUGACCAAGGUGCUAAAAUUACAUUUCUUCUACAUUGCUCUAGAUCAUAAGUUUUAAAGCACAAUGAUAGGUUGGGUUUUUUUGCUAUGCUUUUGACAGUUUCUGUAAUUUUUUUUUUUGUUGUUGUUCAUCACUCUAUUCUUGGAGCAUCUUGAAAUCCUGUAAAUAUUCUAGAAAUGUAAAGAGUUCAGAGGGGUCUAAAGAUAGACUUGCCUGUGUAAAUAAAAUUUUGUUUCUGCAAA